AUGGAGUCGCAAAAAAAUGCCUCUACCCAUACGAUUGUGAUUUCGUUCCCUUCUCUCUCCCAAAAUCUCUCCUCUCUCCUCAACUGCGUCAGCCACAGACCACCACCACCAAACUCACCACCUCAGCCACCGAACCAUCAUCAUCUUCUCCAAACAACUACCACAACACCCACUAAACCACCGCAACCACCAAACCCCACAACACAAUCGUCAAGCCAACAUCUCCUCCACCAAAUCAACCUUCCACCACCAUCAUCAUCUUCUUCAAACAUCCACUACGACAUCCACCAAACCAUCGCAACCACCAACCCGCUAUCUCCCACCAAAUCGAUCCUCCGCCGCCACCAUCCUCUCCAAACCGAAGCCACCAAACUAUCAUCGUCUCUUCCAAACAACCAUCACAACACCCACCAUACCAUUGUCCUAGCCAACAAACCCCAGACGAUAGCCACCAAGCCUCCAUCUACUCCACCACCACCACCCUCUCCAAACCGAAGCCACCAUACCAUUAUCAUCUUCUCUAAAUAG